AAUGCUUCCCAAUGGAUUUUCAUUUCUUAAUCCCAAUUUAGUAGCGGCUGCUAACAUUCAACAAGUUCUCCUGAACCAAAGAUUUGGCAUGCCACCAGUUGGAUCUAUCGCUCAAGUUCCGCUCCUCCAAAUGCCCACCCACUCUGUAGUUGCUCCGCACGUUGCAGCUCCGACGAGGCCUUCACCAAUGCUGGUACCUCCUGGAAUGGGCAUAGACGAAUCCCACUCAUCCCCAUCUGUCGAAUCUGAUUGGAGUGUGCAUACGAAUGAAAAGGGUACACCUUAUUAUCAUAAUCGUGUAACGAAACAAACGUCAUGGAUAAAACCAGACGUCUUAAAAACUCCACUCGAGAGAAGUACUAGCGGACAGCCACAACAAGGUCAAUGGAAAGAAUUCAUGAGUGAUGACGGAAAACCAUAUUAUUAUAAUACCCUUACAAAGAAAACGCAAUGGGUUAAACCAGAUGGAGAGGAAAUUACAAAAGGAGAACAGAAGCCAGCAGCAAAGGCUGCAACUGUGGACACUGUCGCAUUGGCAGCGGCUGUUCAGCAAAAGAAGGCGGAAUCCGAUCUAGACAAAGCCAUGAAGGCUACCCUCGCAUCAAUGCCAAAUGUACCUCUUCCGUCUGAAAAGAAAGAAGAAGAAUCUGUGAACGAUGAAGUUGAAUUGAAGAAACGGCAGUCAGAACGAUUCCGUGAACUGCUCCGUGACAAAUAUAAUGACGGAAAGAUAACAACGAAUUGCAAUUGGGAUCAGGCUGUAAAAUGGAUCCAGAAUGAUCCUCGUUUCAGAAUUCUGAACAAAGUCUCAGAAAAGAAACAAUUAUUUAACGCUUGGAAAGUUCAAAGAGGAAAAGAAGAAAGAGAUGAAAAACGACUGGCAAUCAAAAAGUCUAAAGAAGAUUUGGAAAAAUUCUUGCAAGAGCAUCCAAAAAUGAAAGAAAGCCUCAAAUACCAAAAAGCCAGCGAUAUAUUCAGCAAGGAGCCACUUUGGAUUGCUGUUAAUGAUGAGGAUAGAAAAGAGAUUUUUAGAGAUUGUAUUGAUUUCGUGGCUCGUAGGGACAAGGAGAAAAAAGAAGAGGACAGAAAACGAGACAUUGCAGCUUUCAGUCACGUUCUUCAGAGUAUGGAGCAAAUAACUUACAAAACUACAUGGGCUCAAGCACAACGAAUUUUAUAUGAAAAUCCUCAGUUCGCGGAGAGAAAGGAUCUGCAUUUUAUGGACAAGGAAGAUGCGCUCACAGUUUUCGAAGAUCAUAUAAAACAAGCCGAGAAAGAGCACGACGAGGAGAAAGAGCAAGAAGAGAAACGACUCCGCAGGCAACAACGAAAAGUACGAGAAGAAUAUCGUUUACUGCUGGAGAGCUUGCAUAAGAGGGGAGAACUCACUUCCAUGUCACUUUGGACUUCCCUGUUUCCUAUUAUCUCAACAGACACUCGAUUUGAACUUAUGCUAUUCCAACCUGGAUCGUCUCCACUUGAUCUUUUCAAGUUUUUUGUUGAAGAUCUCAAGGAGCAAUAUACCGAAGACCGCCGUCUCAUUAAAGAAAUUUUAACAGAGAAAGGGUGUCAGGUGAUAGCAACAACCGAGUACAGGGAAUUUUCUGAUUGGGUUGUUUCUCAUGAGAAAGGAGGAAAAGUUGAUCAUGGAAACAUGAAACUUUGUUACAACUCACUGAUUGAAAAAGCUGAAAGCAAGGCGAAGGAUGAGGAAAAAGAGUCGCUGAGAAGGAAAAGAAGACUGGAGAGCGAAUUCAGAAAUCUACUGAAAGAGCAUAAUGUCGAUAAAGAUUCCGAAUGGACUGUAAUCAAGCCAAAGAUUGAAAAAGAUAAGGCUUAUCUUGCCAUGGAGAAUGACGAUGAACGAGAGACUGCAUUUAAUCAUUAUAAAAACGGAACAAGUGGAACUACUGCUGGAAGCGAAAUUUUGGAAAAGAAGAAAAAGAAAAAGGAUAAAAAGAAGAAGAAUAAGAGAAGCGAUAAUAACUCGGAGUCGGAAGGAGAAAUCCGCGAAAAAGAGAAGAAAAAGAAAAAGAAGCAUUCAAAGGAAGACAGAAUGGACGAUGAAGAGAGAGGAAAAAAGUCGAAAAAAUCCCGAAAACGUAGUCCCUCCAGGAGUGAAUCCCCACGUCAUUCGUCUGAAAAACGGAAAAGACGAGAAUCAGAAGCUGAUUAAUUACGCUUUGUCUUAUAAAAAUGUAUUAACUUUUCCUUAAAAUCGGUCUCUUUCGUUUUUGAAAUGUCUUGAUUAUAUAUAUUUUAAUGAAUAAAAUAAUAAUUACACUA